UCCACUCACUCCUUUUCAUUUACAAUUACAAUCGUUCCCAUCUUCAAUCUCACCUCUAUGUAUAUGUACAGUAGUAAAAGAACCCAGAAAAUUCAGGGUGGAUAUGUAAAUAUACUAUAUUUUUAUUCACUGUGAUGGUAAAAGAAAAUUUAUCAAUAGUUUUGAUAGUAUAAAAGAAAUCAUCUUUUCUUCUUCAAAUUCCUAGUCUUGACAGAGAGAGAGAGAGGAGAGACUUUUUCAAAAAGAGGAAUAGUAGAUUGUAAGAGAAAGCCGUUAGAUUGGAAUUAUCUGAGACUGAAUAUAUAUAAAGAAGAGUUGAAACGGCAAAGACAAAACCAGAAAAAAAAAAGAUCCGUUUGGUCUUUCUGAUUGGAAUUCAGCGAUUUUGAGGAUCUAUUUUUCUUGGAUUUUGAAGAUCCUUCAGUUGAUAUCAGUAUACAGCUGUGGUGAGAUUGAUGAAGAGUAAAGGACCAUCAAAUGCUUUAUUUGGCCUUUUUUUACUAGCUCGUCUUGCAAUUAUUAAUCAUUGAGUCACAGCAGAUCAGAUUGAUGUGCAAUGCAGAGAUCACGUAGGGCUCUUCUGCAAAGAAGAAGAGCUUUGGAGAAGACAACUUGCGGGAGGACUCGUGUUUAUAAAGUUUCUCUUUCUGUGGUUGCUGUUCUGUGGGCACUUGUUUUCCUUUUGAACUUGUGGAUCGGUCAUGGUGAUGUUAAUGAAGAUGGAGCUGGAGAUUUUCCAGUACCUGUAGGAUCAUGGGAUGAAGAUAAACCUCAAUAUGGUAGCGGCACUUGUGCUGCUUUGCCCGAGACUGAAACUUCAUCACAGGAAAUCAGUUCUGAAGACUCAGCAAAGAUUUUAUGUACAGAGGCAGGGAAAAAUCAAGUUAUCAACGGAGAAACACCAGAUGUUGUGCAAAACAGCAACCCUGUUCCUGCGAAUCAACAGCAGGCUAGUGAGGGAAAACCAGAGUCUACUCCAAGUUCAGAAAAGGAUGCUUCAAAGUCGGACAGAUUUGCUCGUGCCGUGCCUCCAGGUCUUGAUGAAUUCAAAAACAAGGCAUUUAACGCAAAAAAUCAGGGAAAAAGUGGCCAGGCCGGAGGGAUUAUACAUAGGUUAGAGCCUGGAGGAUCAGAGUAUAAUUAUGCUUCUGCUUCAAAAGGAGCGAAAGUCCUGGCUUACAACAAGGAAGCAAAAGGUGCUUCCAACAUCUUGAGCAGAGAUAAGGACAAGUACCUUCGUAAUCCUUGCUCAGCUGAGGAGAAGUUUGUCAUCAUUGAACUGUCGGAAGAAACCCUCGUGGAUACAGUUGAGGUUGCAAAUUUUGAACAUCACUCGUCUAAUCUAAAAGGUUUUGAGCUCCUUGGCAGUCCCAUUUAUCCAACAGACACAUGGAUCAAAGUUGGAAAUUUUACCGCUGCAAAUGUAAGGCAUGCUCAAAGGUUUCUUCUUCCAGAGCCAAAAUGGGUAAGAUAUCUUAAAUUGAAUCUUCUGAGCCAUUAUGGUUCAGAGUUCUACUGUACACUGAGCAUUUUGGAGGUGUACGGAGUUGAUGCUGUUGAAAAGAUGCUUGAGGAUUUUAUCUCUGAUCAAGAUAAGUUGUUUGUACCCAAACGAACUAGUAGUAACGAGAAAUCUCUGCCCACUCAACAUGUUUCUAAUCAAGGUGAAUUCGUUCAAGAUAUUGAUGAUGAAAUGGAAAAGGAUAUAGCUGUUGGAAAGUCUGAUGUUAAAAGGGGUGUAAUGACAACUGAUGUGCCUGACCAAGUGGAAGAAGUUCGUCAUCAACAGGUAAAUAGGAUGCCCGGCGACAGUCUGAAGAUACUGAUGAAAAAAGUACGGUCUCUGGAUAUCAAUUUGUCAGUUUUGGAACGAUAUCUGGAAGAGUUAAAUUCUAGAUAUGGCAAAAUUUUCAAAGACUUCGAUUCUGAAAUGGGAGAAAAAGAUGCUCUUCUUCAAAAUAUCAGAUCAGAAAUAAGGGGUUUAUCUGAAAGCAAGGAUUCCUUAGGUAAAGAAGUUGCGGACCUAGUAUCAUGGAAAUCCCUUGUUUCCACGCAGCUGGAAGUUAUUAUCAGGGGAAAUGAUAUUCUCAGGAAGGAGGUGGAAAAGGUUCAGAGGAAUCAGGUACACAUGGAGAAUAAAGGAAUUGUUAUUUUUCUUAUAUGUUCAUUUUUUGGAUUAUUGGCUCUUGUCAGGCUUCUCGUAGAUACAGUUUUGAGUAAUUAUUGGUCAGAAAAUUCCAGGAAAUUUUGUUCAGAGAGUUACUCCUGGUAUUUCCUACUUUUGAGUUGUACAAUUACAAUUAUCAUCCUAUCCUUGUAAUUUAUGUAAUAUAGCAACGUCAACUCAUACAUACAACUUCAUGAUCGACUUUGGAAAUAAACCUUAUAUAUUUGAUGUCGAAAACCUUCUCCUA